CUCAUCCUUGACGAACAGACGUGGACGCUUGCGGGCAACUAUGGCCGCAACAGCAGCACUAGACCCGUUACGAUCUCAUCCUAUUUUAUUUACGAUAUCUCCUGCCGACCGUCCUAUUGUAUCCAAAUGGCUAAACGAGGUGAAAACGUUCUUUGCCACGACGGCCGCGCAAGCUGCAGAUAUAUCCAAGAGUUUUGCACUAGCACCUUCCAAAGGUGCACCGGGUACACUUCCACCAUCAGCGGCCGCUGCAGCUUCGAACGCUACUGCUCUCGCCUAUGUGGGUGGUGCCGGACCAAGCGCUGUCGGACUGGCCGGACCAGUUGUUGGAAUAGGACAGCAGAAUUUUAUGGCGAUGGAAGAUGUGUUAGAGGGCAUAACGGUGCACUAUGCUGUCCAGCUCACCUCUAUACUGGGGCACUUUUUGGAAAAUAUACGGAUUGAAGCUGCGAGGCUUUUAUUUUCGUUGGCGGUCAUAUUCGACAAAAAAGUCCAGGAGCUGAACAAAAAGGUCGAAAAGGUGGCAGUGGGAUUCCAGACGGAUGAUAAAGGAUACUACUCUGCGGUUCACGAACUGUUCCAUUACAUUGGCCCAGCACUAUCGGGGAUGGCUGUAGCACUCGUGGCCGGUCUCGAAUGUUUCUACACUUGUCCCGAUUGGACCGUUCGUGGCGUAUGCAACUCAGCCUUGGCGCGACUUGUGUAUGAAAACGAUAAAAUCUUUCUGGAAGAGGACCAGUUGGCUGCGAUUUGGAAUCUAUAUUUCUCAUUACAUUCUAUACCGAUCAUUUCAAAAGUUUUCCCAGAUCGUAUUGUCAUUGUGAAGGCGCUCGGAUUGCUUGCUCCACUUUAUAGUCCCGCAGAUUCUGCCCUCACAUAUAGAAUUGUAGAUAGUUUGUUAAGGUUGCAAGACAAGACUGCGCUAGAGACUGAGGCUAUUAAGAGCACUUUGCGAAAGAUUUUUGAGAAACUUGCCGAGCGCUCUAUCAACCCAUCGGGCGUUGAUCCCAAUAACCAGGAGCCUAUUGGUACUGGUUUUGCUUUAUUUGUUAACCUCAUCAACCCUCAUGACGAGUAUGCAUAUGACCUGCUUUCGUGGGCGCUUGAAAGCUACUCUGCAAGUCUGCUUCCAUCUAUCGGCGGCGCGAAAGCGAAAAAGUUUCCGGUAGCUGAAUUUCCACCGUUAACUGAAUUUGUCAAAUCCCUUGCAAACCAUUUCCGAGCUACUCCUGCCCUUGUCCGUUACGGGGCGUGUGUUUCCCUCCACACGUCCCUCAGCAUCUAUCCGAAUAUGGUUGCGGACAAUAAAGAACUAUAUGUCCAUAUUAUCACCGGGGUGUUGGACACUGACUAUCUUAGCGCAUUCCUUUACGUUUCAAUGAUAGAGGCUCUAAAAACGGAAGAGGGAAAGGGCUUAAAACAUAUGCUCGCGUCGCUGAGACAUCAAGAGCGCAAUGGAGCUGAUUAUGAUACGUUGUACGCAACGGCGCUUCAGGCCAAAGGAAGGGACUUGACGAUGAGUGAUAUCCUGGACGUCGCCAUUAAGGCGAGCCCGCCAUUGGCACCAAAGUUGUUGCAAAAGAUGGCCAACUCCUUAGAAUACUUGACAAAGCCAAUGCAACUAAGGCAACUCGAACUGGUGCGCCUAUGGGGCAGCAAGAGUCAAAAGUUUGACACCUUUUUGAUGCAAACGCUCGUGCCGUAUUGCAAUAGUGGGGAUGAAGAUAUCCAAAUGGCCGCACUCAAGGUUAUUUUCUCGCUUAUUCCCAGUUUCCGUACGGCUUCGCCGGCCGAUAUCUCCUUUGCGUGGGCAUACUUCCAUGCAUUAAUGGACCAGAAAAUCAAAGCGUCAAUCCUUCAAGCCGUGCUAACCCUCAUCAAACAAUUUCCGCUGGAUAAGUUGGUGGACGAUGCUAGAGAGGAGCUUCUCAACACCCUAUUCAAACUAGUUUUCCACCACGAACCAAACGUCCGGAUAAUGGUAUACGACAUAAUAGGGAGUUACACAGAUUUCUGGAAAGCGAGCGGACUAUUCAACGCGGCCAUUGGUAUCAUGUUCUUGGCCAUCGGUGAUCAUAACGAACAGUGCGCCAAAAAAGCCAGUGACUAUUUGUUUCGUUUGUCAGACACACAUUUUGGGAGCAUUGUUACACCUCUUGGGGCUGUUAGAGAUGCCCAAGGUGGACCCUUCCCUCUCCUCCUAAAAGCGUACGACGAGCUGGCAAAUGUGAUAGCACGGGAUCGCACCGAGAUUACGGAACUCGUCGAUGCCAUUACACUUGAUGCCAAUGUUGACGAGUUUUGGAAUUUCUACUUGGAGGAUGCGCCGGACAACCAGCUUGUGCGUCCCGAUGAUUACAACUACGCACGGAAUUUUGUCCACACUCCUUUUUGGAUAUCUCUACUUUUGACCAAGUUGGGCGUUCCUCCGCCAUCGGUUGGGGAAGGCGUUCCGCGGAACGUCAUGCCAACGACUCCAGCAGGGAAAAGACGAUUCAUUUGUGGCUUCAUGCUUUGCUUGCUUCCCACGUGCGGAAUGCCCGAUCCUGUACUGCGCAGGACAGCAUGUAUAUCAAUAGUUCGAUGCUGCUUCCGUGGUCAAUCCUUGCAUCCCGGUAUGAUGCGCGGCCUGUUGGAGUUUGUUAGUCAGCAAAUGAUGGCCCAUAAACAGUGGACAUUCCAAUUGUCUGCACUGGAUAUCUUGAAAAUUGUUACCCGCUUGAAAUUGCCGGGCAUUUCGCCAUCUAUUCUGCUACAAUAUAUUGAUCUAUCUCUGGAUGUGGCUUACAACACGCCUUCGUCCAUUGUAAAGCUUGGUGCACUGGACUUGAUUGAGACGUUCUUAUUGGUCUUUCCACAUGGUGUGGCCACCAAGCUGCAAGAAAUACGUGAUGUCGUUCGGGCUUUGAUUGUUGAUACGGAUUCAGACGUUGUCAACAGUGCGUCGCGGCUGUUUCCUCUCGUAUUUCGCUGCGUCCCUACUACCCAAUCAGCGGAUUUUCUUGCGUAUCUCAAAAGUGAGAUUGCAACAAUACAGACGGGUGGUCCGCAGGCAAACGGAGACCCAAUGGUUGCCGGAUUGACGACAGAAGAGUCUGAUCGUGUUGUUCGACUGAGCAUCAAAGCGAUGGGGGCGAUCAAUGACCCUGCCAUUGCAUAUGCUAUCGUGCUAGAAUUGAUGCCGUUCCUAAGAACCAAACAAUGGUCUUUUCGAGCAGCAGCUUUGGCGUCGGCGUUAUCGCAGGUCCCUAAUCUUGACGGGGUCCAAAGCAUGACCAUAUUAUGGACACUUCUGCCCCUAUACGGAGAUCCCAAUGAGUCCGUCAGAUUGAUAUUUUCGCGUUAUCUCCGAAGGGUACCUUCAAAACAGGACGCUCUCUGCAAAAGUCUACCACCGCACCCUGAUGAUAGCUUGGUUCUGCCAACAACAUCUUGGGAAGAUCUCCUAGCGGAUAAUGCAAGCUUCACGGUGAACGCGAAGAAUAUGAAUGAUAUAUUAUUCGAAUUGGAUGCGCUUGGAGGCGCGUCGGACCCGGAUGUACUGCCGAUGGAGGACGACGGAUUCCGUCUCCCUAUCAUCUCACAGAAGCUCAUGGGACGCUUCAAAGAGUUGGUCAGGACUGUAUGCGGCCCUGUGCCACCCGCUAACAUUAGCGAGGUGAUGUACUAUCUCCAAGAACUUCAGAGAAAUCGACAAAUGCAGGGACCGGCUAUUAUGGUGCUGUCCGAGUUUUGCUGCUUACAUGAGACGACUGUGGCCGACGUCAUCGAGAUCUUCACCAACCAUUUGAGUCAAGAAAUUACACCAGACAGAGCCACCGUAAUUGAAGCCUGCAUGUUGGGACUGAGGAACAUAUCAGAGUACUCCCCAUCGGCUUUUAAGCAAAUCCUUGUCAAGAUCUCCAGUCCAGCUGUUAUUAGCGAGGGAGAUUUAAUGGCAUUAUUUUACCUCUCUGAUUUGAUUCAAGAUAUUUGCGCCAAUAAAGCACUCGAACUGCUCCGCAAGUAUGUGCCAAUUAUCACCAGCCAGCGGCAUGCUAUCCGAAAACGACUGCUGGCCGUGUACCUCAAUGUCGAGCUCGCUCUAAUUUCCGGUCAGGAUGAGAUGGCCAAAGUACUAGAUGCGAUUCAGAUACUCCUCGACACCACCGAUGAAGCCGAUACGCGAAGAAAAGUUUACGGAUGUCUUGGGAAAAUAUUAGGGCAUUUAGGACCAAAACAUUCUUUAUUCCGGAGCUUGUUGAAUAAUGCAAAGAAGGAAAUCCGCUCAAAGCACCCAGAGGUGCGGCUUCGAUCUCUCGACAUUGUUCGCAUCUUGGCUAAGUACAUGUCAACGGAAGAAGCAAUAUGGUUUUGCUUCCUAUAUCUCGCUGACUCAAACCGGGAGGUGCGCAACAAGUCAAAAGAUGUCUUGAUUGUAGAGGGAAUGCUAGACUUCGUCGUUCCCGCUCUUCGAACCUACAAGCCUAAUGCGGGUUCCAAAAGAGCAAUAAUAUUGGAAAGUUGUAAACUGCCCUCCAUUGAUAAGCUUGUGCUAGCAAUCAAUACGAAGGAAAAUGACGAGGCGCGCAUUCGGGUACCAUUUCCUGAUGAAGAUCCGUACAAUGUACGUUGGUAUAGUUCGGAUCGACGACGAAAAUUCUCAGAGCGUUAUGGCUUGCCCGAGUCUGCUUUUGCACGAGCAAUGUUGCCCUUACCUCAGAGUAUAAUGACGCUAGUGGAGGACAAGUCGGCAGCGAUAAAAAAGCCCACUCCCGAAAUCCUAGCUAAAUAUCAAUGGCUCAUGAAUAUAGACAGUAUAACCAUACUUCGUGAAUGUAUCCGAAAAUACUCGCAAGUGGCCUCGGAUCUGGUGGAGUCCACAUUGGAGAAGGUGGAGGAUGAAAUCGCUCCAAGAGAGCGAGGCCGUUCAGAGACGAGGAGACCCGGUUCUGACGGUGGACCACGAGGAGAAGAUGAUACCCCUAGGCCAUCCUCUUCUGGUGGAGAAGAUGACGAAGUCGAUAUUGAAGCGGAAACCCACCUCAUCGACGUGCUUUCAAAUCUUUUGUUUGCGCACGAUGGAAUAGGAGAUAAAGUUCCCGGAUGGAUGGAUCGAAUGCAGGCCUUUAUUGCCGCAUGCAACAGUAACGCAGCUCUCAUUCGGGAAACUUUGUACACAAAUUUGGAGAGCAGCUUUUUCUUCUUCAACGAAUAUAUUGAUAUACCGAUUGUGAGCGAUGAACAAUACGAAGCGCUGGAGGAAUUCAAAACUGCAAAUCAGGAAGCCACUCUGGAAAUUGUCAAGACUGGAAAGACCGACAAGUUCUCAGCAUUAGAGAUCCGAAAAAAUGAGCUUAAUGAUCUAGUUGACACGAGGAGCGAACAACUCCGAAGGUUGACAGUCAUUGCCCUUCAUGGCACGUCGGGCUACGGCCUUUUCCAUGCCCUUUCCACUGCGGUCCCCGAAUCACGGCUCAUGUCCGCCUUCCAAUUUCUGGCGGACAUGCUAGAGAAUGAACACAGGGGCAUACGCAUAGCUGCAGUCGAAGCGCUCGUCACGAUUGUCAUGAUCCAACUUGAGGCAGCGAUCAAACCCGGAUUUGUUAACAAAAUUAAGGGUAUCAUGCAAAAUUUACUGACCAGGCUACAAACUGUGGACGAUAGUGCAUCGCUUUAUCGGAGAAAAGCCGAUAUGGUUAGCGUUAUGGCGCAACUGAUGACAUACGUCAAGGAGCGAAGAUUGAGACUCAACUUUAUACGCGUGCUCGUUCAGCUUUGGAAAGACCCAGAUUCCGAAGUUCGUGUGGCGGCCAUUAAAAUGAUGCAGCUGCUUGGCGAGCGUGGCGUAACAGAAAUCACAGAGUGCUUCAAUGACAACGAAUCAGCAGAUCAGCUCGCCGGAGAUGAAGAAGACAGGCCACCUCAAGUCAUGAAAGAACUUGCGGGGCUUAUCAAUAAUCCUGAAUAUCCUGAGAAGGACAUACUGCAAGAUCUGCUAAAGUGGCGAUUUACUCAACCUGUCAAACCUUAGUCGACGAACAUCCAGCACGCUGUACAUAUUUACAUCACUACAUAAGCAAUAUUAUACAUUUAGAGACGUCAAGCGCUAGCUAUAGGAAAAUUCAUCUUUUUAGCCACUUGUAAGCAUCGCCACAGGCAUCUUCCUUUGCGGUACUCUUGCGGCUAUGCGCUCGCAACGUCUCAAAUGUCUUCCCACUGAUCA